CAGAGGAACAUCGAGCUGGAACAAGUCUGGCAGCUCAGGUUCCUCCGCUUCGCCUGAUUUCACUUGUGGUCCCAACUCGGCUGGUAACUACACAUGUGGUGAUGACUACUGCUGUUCUGCGAAUGGAUGGUGUGGUACCGAUGAUGCUUACUGUAUGGUUUCGCUUGGUUGCCAGAGUGGCUACGGAGAGUGUGAUGACGACUCUGACUCUGACUCGUCUACCUCAAAUGCUUCCAUUACUGGCCAGUGCGGUUCUGGCUCUCCUGGGAACUGGACCUGCCCUGACAGUCAGUGUUGUUCCGGCGCUGGUUGGUGUGGUACUGGAGCCGGCUACUGUGACCUUGUUGCUGAUGAUUGUCAGGCCGCCUACGGUGUUUGUGAUGCAGAGUACAUUCCCUCUGGAGCCAACACUUCUUCCGUUGACCGUACUCUUCUUGGCUCCGUGCCUUACGGUACUUGGAUUUACGACUGUGUCACGGCCGGUGAGGUUGCUGUUACGUACGACGAUGGACCUUACUUGUACACCGAUGCUAUCCUCGACCUUUUUGACCAGUACAAUGCCAAGGCCACCUUCUUCAUUACCGGUAACAACAUUGGCAAAGGACCCAUUGAUGACUCGACCUACGGAUGGGACACCAUCAUCAAGAGGCAGUACGCGUCUGGUCACCAAAUUGCUUCCCACACCUGGACUCACCCUGACUUGUCCACUCUGGCCGACGCCGACAUGGCUGAGCAGAUGAUUUUGAACGAGAUGGCCUUGCGUAACAUCAUUGGGGUUUUCCCUACCUACAUGCGCCCGCCGUAUUCUUCUUGCGAGGACAACUGUCAGAGGGUUAUGCAGAACUUGGGUUACCACAUCGUCGACUUUGACUUGGACACUGAUGAUUACAACAACGUUGAACCUUCUUUGAUUCAGAAUUCUAAGGACAUCGUGGCUGAGUACUUCGACGGUAGGGAGGUUUCGUCGACAUCCUCUCUUGUCAUUGCGCAUGAUAUUCAUGAGCAGACUAUCAACUUGACGUCCUACGCUUUGGAGUUGAUCAACGCUGCUGGAUACAAGAUGGUCACUGUCGGACAGUGCUUGGGUGAUGACCAGGCGAACUGGUACCGUUCCAGUUAAGGAUUUUCAACAGUGAU